AUGAAUUUUCUAUCAAACGAAGACAUUCAAAAUACAUUCAAAGAUUUUAAAGACUAUGAAGUUAUUUCUAGUGUUGAUUAUUUUCCAAAUGAUAGAAGUGGUCAAUCUCAUAUUUAUACAUAUCCAUAUACAUUAAAACAUUAUGAUAAUAUUACUAAUAAUUUUCCACGUGGAUUAUUUAACUAUGUUCAAAUAGUAACAUUAUUUGACGAACGUCCUUUUGAACAUGAAUUUUUUAUGAGACUUGUUCAGGCAUUUCCUUUCCUCAAAGAUUUGACAAUAACUAAUUUAGAACCACAAAAAUACAAACAAUAUUCAAACUCGAAUGAUGAAAAUCAAGAUUUUCCAAUCAUUGAAUAUCCUCAUCUUACUUACUUGAAUCUUUUCGAAAUUCAUGAUGAUUAUGCUGAACAAUUUUUAUUGGAUACAAAAACAUGUUUCUUAAAUGAUAUUCACUUGUCAAUUGAUGGUGACGUAUUACAACGUGUGACACAAAAUUUUACGAAAGAUGCAACAAGAAACAAUUAUUCUAAAGUGAAAACUCUUUAUCGUUAUCAAUCAGUGGAUUUAUCAAAAUAUUGUUAA